AUGCCCCGCGUCUCAUCCGACGUCGCCCCGCGUCGAUGCUCCGUCCCCCGGGCGCGCUCCCGGUGGGCGCUCGUGGCCGGCUCGAAUCGAACCGCCGAGGGUUCUUCCGAGGGGCGUUCUAUUCCCAAAUGGUGGGACGUCGGCGGGAGAUUGAACGACGCCGUGAAACGCGACCAGAGGUCCGAGCACGGCUACCUCGAGCACGAAUCGACCCCCGUCGUCCUCUUCGACAAGCGGAGCAACUUCAACGGCCGGGUUCGUGUCGUCGCGCACGGACCGUGGCGAUCCCUCCGCUUCAACGACGUCGAGCAGGGUCUCACGUACAUCCGCGGGGACUGGAGCGACGCCCAAGCCGCGGGGGACGGCGAGGCGGACACCGAGGUGCUCGGUUACUUCUACCUCCGGACGAUGGCGGCGGCGGCGGCGGCGAUGUGCAGGCUCGACGGGAACCUCGAUCUCACCCAGCGCGGCGGGCGGGUGGUGUGCGUCGGGCUGGGAACCGGCGCGUUACCCGCGUUCAUCGCGCGCAAGUUCCCCGCCGCCGUCGCGGAGGUGUGCGAGAUCGACCCAGUCGUCGUCGAGGCGGUUCGCGAUUUCCACGGGCUGCCCAAGCUGCCCAAGCUUCCGGGUCCUUGGGGCGAUAAGCCGGUGCCCGGGAACCUCCCUCCCGGCGUGGGGGUGUGCAUGGGUGACGCGGGUGAGUUCAUGGAACGGGCGGCGCGGGCGGUUGAGCGGGGUGACGCGCCCACGGCGUCGGUCGUCUUCCUCGACGCCUUCGACGGCGACGGCGAGGUCCCGUCGCACCUGUCCUCGCGCGACUUCCUCGCCAAGUGCGACCGGGUCCUGGCGCCCGGCGGGUGCUUGAUCGUCAAUCUGUUCAACGGUCCCGAGGGUUCGAAGCAGCGCGCACGGAUCGAGGACGUCGCGCUGAACCUCGAAGCAGCCGUCGGGUUGGUGACGACCUUUCCGGUUGAGUUUCCGGUCAACGUGGUGCUCGCGGCGAGGAAGGAGCGGACGGACGGAUUCGGCGAUCAGGAGGACCCGCGGUUCACCCGCAAGGAGCUCAAAACCGCGGGCAGGGAGAUAUCCAAGGAGCUCGGGUUCGAGUGGGACGCGGGGGACAUGCUCGCGAAGGCGUACUGGGUCGAGACCGACGGAGGCGCCUCGUUCAAGGAGAGGCCGGCGGGUCUGAGCCUCAACCCACUGAGCGGGUUUGUCAACCGCAUGGGCACGACCAUGCCGGAUGAGUGGGUCGAGGAGGAUAACAAGGAAGUGUACUACUAA